CAAAUAUUUUAUGGAGUGUUUCUCGGAAAGAGCCGUUUAUGCAAUUAAAUGCGUUGGUUUUCUUGGAAAGGUCGCGACCUUUAAUUUAUUUUCUUAAACGCCUUGUUAGAAACCUCAAUCUCUGACAUUGCACUAGCAAGAGUUUGAAACAUGGUCCCAGAGUUUAUUUCUAGCUUGGAUUGGACGCGUCCUUUUCUUCACCUUGCAAUUGCCUUGCGUUAAUUCGUUUUCACUGGCUUCAUAUUCGCAGAAUAUGAACACAAAACAUGGCCUUUUCAAAUUUCUUGACUGUUUACUAAGUGGGAAACCCCCUUCAGUAUGGAUAUAUUUACUUUCGAUUACCUCAUUUGAAUUCUCGGAAAACGCCACGUGUCAUUUGCGAAUUCGUAGAGCGAUUGGUGUACGAAAAGUUCACUUACGAUUUCCACAAUGGCGGGUGUUCUGUCCUCUCUAAAGAGAAAAAUCAAGUCUAUACGAUUAGUUUUCGUGGGACGCUUUGUAGUUCUCGCUCUGUUUUUGACUCAGUGUGGAUUUUUCGCGGCUUAUCCAACAUGGUAUACAGAUGAUUUGCGUUGGAUUGCUGUCAUAAUUUUGUAUGUACCAGCAAUAUUGUACUGGGGUUAUUGCCUGAAAACCGAUGCUGAACUUAUCAGAAUGUUUUUUACUUGGGGGUUAUACGUUCUGGUCGCCUUAGUACCAAACAUAGCCAUCACUUUUGGAGUAUGCGGAGACGAACUCGACAAAGAAAACUUCCUUGGUCCUAAUUGCUUGAAAGUUAUUUUGUGCCUUACUCCUGUCCUGUUCCUCGUGUUACUAAACACGGCAGACGAUUUGAGCGACAACGAAGAAUACAGACAGCUUGCUAAAGAAUUAUCUGUUCACAUAUCCAUUGAUCUUUUCGAUGGCGUCGAGAUGUUGGACGUCGUUCUUGACGAGAGAGAAAACAACUAUGGAAUCAAGAAAGGAUUUGGAAUAGCGAUGAUCACCGUGGCAUGUUUUAGCUUUGUGUUGUCUUUGUUACAAAUGGCGGAAAACAAACUCGAGAACGGAAGCUGCGAACUUGACAAGAAGCUCGCCAUUAUCCGCAAUGGUAUUCAAAUGGUGUUCGUGAAUUUGGUUUUCUUAAUAAUUCGCCUGGUGAUCUUCAUAAAGUACAAGAAAGAUGAGUCUAUCUUUAUAGCAAAAAAUGGCAUCGCAAUAUUUUUAUCCUCGUUGGAGAUCUAUUACUAUCGGCAAUCCUGAAUCCGGCUAGCGUUAACUUCUUGAGUCUUACCUUUAACUGACUUUCAUAUCACGUUCUCUUUACUCCUUGGACUUUUAGAUAAUGGUAAAACUUUGGCUUAAGUACGCUGUUCAGUCUCGAUCAGUUAUUCACAACUGACUUUCAAGCGUCCGUGUGCAUUUUACCUCUAAUUAUACUUGAGGUUUUGAAAGCUUUUAAUCUGCAAAGCCCUGGUUAGGCAAUCCCAGCAGUUCGUUCUAACAUCAUCCAACAGUGCUCAGUGAAACUGCCAGAACAUCGAAGUUUAUUCUCCAGCUGCGAUACAGUUGAAAACUGUAGGAAACGAGUUCGAUUUUGGCUACGAUCUGUUCCAGUUUGCUUCAAGAAGUUGGAUCAUCUGAAAUGUUGAUUCCAGUUUACCUUUACAGUUUAAGUAAUAACAAAGUUUUCUCUGCUUAGGGACCUCUCCAGUUUUGAAUUGUGUUUCUUGUAUCGACAGGGAAAUUUUACUUGUUGUUUAACAUCGAAAUGGCAAACUUUCUGUGGAUUUUAAUGAAAGCUAGUCCUCUGUUGUUCUCGUGCAGUGAGGUAUCCUUCUCAAACUUGGCUGACUUUCCUUUAGAUUCCGUAUGCUGGAUGCUUUGUUUAACGUGAUGUGAGAUCCUAUGAAAGUUUUUCACUUACAGAAGUAAUGCUAUGAAAACGUUACACUGUUAUUUGACUGAUGUUAGAGUAGUGUUGGGUUGUGUAAUAGUGCAGAUUUCUUCUUAUUUCCUUAUGUUGUGCUAUUGUUAAUUAAUUGUUGUUUAAAUUUAAAAUUUACACUUAAUUGAUAUAAGGCGAAAAGAAACGACACAAGUGACCUCUUCGGUAUUGAACUGUGUCUCUUUCAUCGAAAGACACAGCUUAAUUGUGUAAUUAGUGAACACCGAUCGAAUGGAGUGCUAAAAUAUUCGUUGUGGAGUAAAUGGAAGUGCUCCAAUGUACCGUGAAUUUCCUUUAGAUUCCGUUCGCUGGUUGUUUUGUCUAAAGUGAUGAAAAAGUAGCAUAUUAAAGGGCCGGGUUACUCGCAAAUCGGUUAACGCUAACCCAGGAUUAAAUUUUAACCGGAGAAUUAAUUGUUCUUGCCUAAAAUAUCUUCCACUGCUUAUAAUUAUGAUUUGUGUAGUUUGAAGUUAUUCAAACUCUAAACUGAAGGACAAACAGUAUAAACAGAAAACCUCACCGGAAGGUUACAAAACUGAAAUCAGAAUUCUCACUGAUCCUGGGUUAGCUUAAUUGGCUUUCAGCAACCCGACCCAGACGCAUAACCAUGUUAAACUUAGUUUAAAUGUUAUAGACUGAAACAAAGUUCUAUUGACGGAAUAAACUUCUGGUUUGUCAAUUUUCCUCGAUUUGCCUUUUCAGGCUGUACAAUACCGUUAUGACAUUUACAUUGCAGACUGCAGACUGCAGACUGCAGACUGCAGACUGCAUUUAGGCCUAAAUAACGUCCCGGUUAGCGUGAAUAUCACACAGGUCAACCUGUAUAGCACUCAGGUUACCCUGUUUACAGUUAGCUCUAUCUCUGCUCGGUAAUGGAAAAUGGAAUACGAUAUCAGUUAAUUUAAAAGUCUCCAUUCUGCUGCAUGCAGUCUACAAAUGCAAUACACUCGGUAAACUUAGUCGAUAACAUGCGAGAAGAAAUUAAACUACCUAAAACUUCCCUGAUUUUAAUAAAAUGUCAUUAAAAGUUGAACAGGC